AUGAAUUUCCACCUCUCGGCAUUAGAGAGGCAAAUCUUUGACUUCCUUGGCUUCCAGUGGGCACCAAUUCUUGGAAAUUUUCUACAUAUAAUAGUCGUCAUAUUGGGUUUGUUUGGAACCAUUCAGUACAGACCUCGAUAUAUUGUGGUGUACACAGUAUGGACUGCCCUCUGGGUCACCUGGAAUGUGUUCAUUAUCUGCUUUUAUUUGGAAGUCGGUGGGCUCUCUAAGGACACGGACCUGAUGACGUUCAACAUCUCUGUACACCGGUCGUGGUGGCGGGAGCACGGGCCUGGCUGUGUGCGGAGGGUGCUGCCUGCGUCAGCCCAGGGCGCGAUGGACGACUACACGUACGUCUCUGUCACCGGCUGCAUUGUCGACUUCCAGUACCUAGAGGUCAUCCACAGCGCCGUCCAGAUACUGCUCUCUUUGGUUGGUUUUGUGUAUGCCUGUUAUGUGAUCAGUAUUUUCAUGGAAGAAGAGGACACCUUUGAUUUCAUAGGUGGACUUGAUGCACACUCCUAUUACCAGGAUCAUGUUGAGUUAAAGCCUGUUAACCUGGCAGGAGAUCAACCGGGAGAUAAUUCCUGA